CUGAUGUUCAUAUAUUGAAAACUUUUUGAACCAGAAUACUGAAUCUCAAUAAAAUCCUGGGCAAAUUUUGAUGGAAGGUUACGUUCGUCAAAGUCAGCAGAUUUUACGUAUAAAAUAUUAUGACUUAAAAUCUAGAAAACUCAUUAUAGGCUCUGUAAACCGAUUGGCGGUUAAUGACGCUUUUUAUAUUCAAUUCGAAUCCGGAUCAGCUUAGUAUUUCGGAUAGAUGUCGAGCAAAUGUCAUCAGUUACGUAACAUUUAAUAGUUUCGGGGAAACCAUUUUCAUUUCAACAGUGUUUGUGUGGCAAUAGAGCUAUCUGGGGAUCACUGCUAUUUUGAAUCAAAACUGUUUUACGUAACUGUUUUUCACUGGUUUAUAUAUAACGAUGCUAUCAUAUUAUUGCAAUCGAAUUUGUUGAAUGUCAUGCAGUGAUGUCCAGUUUUGCCUGUUCCGACUGUAUAUAUUUGAUAAUGGCCUUGUUUUCAUUUUUAUUUUAACAUACAGCAUUGUUAAAUCAUAGCUUGAUGUACAGAUUUGCAGUCUCAUAUAGGCAUGGGUGACACAAAGAUAUCAAGUGAUAGAGCAACAAAAAUUGUGAUUGAGUCUGAAAAACGAGACGAAAAAAGGUUUUCGAAUACUCUUCAUCCGAAUUCAGCAGCAUUAGGAAUACCUAACAGGUUACGAAAUGGCCGGAAAUUACAGCAGACUUUCAGCUGUCCAGCUCCUUCCAGACCUAACAUCGAAACCGCAAAGACAACGCCUGGAUCCACUCGCAGACUUGACUUUGGAAUAAAACGACAUAAACGUUGUCCAACUGACGUGCCAAAACCGUCUGAUCACUUCGGCCGUCCUUCCUCUGCAAAUUCUUGUCCAAACGACGCGUCGUAUUAUUCUAAUCCUGGCACUUCGCAACACCAUGUCACCAUUGUUGAAACGGACAGUAAAAACAAUUCGCCAAGAAUUAGGAAUUAUCAAAUAAAAUCAGUCAAGAAAGGAGUUCCUGUCAUAGAUCCAAAAGAUGAAGCCGUUAAGAAGAUAAAACUCAAAAAGAAAGAUCUCAGGAUAACACCCUAUUGGAUUUGCCAAAAAAAGAAAGACGGGAUAAAAAGGAACACCACGGCGUGGAUUUUCAGCACUUUCGUUACGUUCGUUUGUGUUAUUUUCCCCCUUACGUCAUUUGCUAGUGACGUAGCCUUUUACGUCACAUGUAGUGACCAUUAUAAUCAUACAGCUGAAAUACUGGAACAUGUGAGAACAGAACAUAGCACAAAUACUGAAUCUAAAGCAGAUUCCAUUUUGUCUAUAAAGUUAUCCAAAGGAAACGAAAACAGCCAAAAUAUUAAAACAAAAGACGAAACUCCAACGUCCUCUGAAGGUGUUCGCCCGGCUCCAUUGGCGUCCAGAUGGAGACGAUCGUCAUCACAGAAAACCAAUCGCAUCAAACGAAACUCAAACGAUCAGUCAAACAAGAAUUCAUCUUCAAAAAAGACAUAUUACAUCCGACCAAAAUAUAGAAUACGCCACAAAACAUUUUACAAUUUUCAUAAAAUAAGGAGAGGGAAUUCAGUGACAAGACCGAGUGCUGCACAUAGAAAUCAACAAGACUCAUUUUACGCAAAUCCAAAUCAAAAUAUAGGUUCCCAACGGAAUUCGGUAAAAGGUCCACGGCAAGUAAAAGGAUCUACAGUCUUCCGCCAGACCAAUUUUGAAAUUGAAGAAUAUAAUUUCAAUGAAACAUCAGCUUGUGAUCCACCAUCCGUUGUAUUGGAUUACAUGUUAACUGAUGAAGCAGUAGAGGAACUGGAGGCUCAUCGACAUGUUACAAUAGAUAUUUUUGAACCUGUUUUUAUAUUGGGAUCGUUUCCAUCUUUAAUUCUCAGCAUAUUAACAAGGUUAGUCGUUCUCGUCACCGGACACAAAAAUUUUCUCUCUGCUUACGUCAUCAACAUGGCGUGUAUGCCCUUACAACUUAUAACAGGAGCAUUGAGCGUUCACUCCGCAUCAUAUCAUCUCGGAAAAAAAGGGUUCGAGUGUUGGCAUUGUGCACUAGACGGUGAUUGUUCAGACAUGGGUCCUCUCUGGUGGCUUCAGGAUGGGGUUACAAAGAGUUUGCUCGUUGCUAUAUUCACAAAAAUUGUAGAUGGGAUCGCUGGUGGAUUAGUUUUAUUCAUUGUCAUAAUUCGUCUUCUUUGGCCCGACGGAGGUCACGUUACGUUUUGGUGGAAUAUGCUACGAGGAUUGGCUAUUUUUAUUGCAUUUGUAUCCUGCACCACUGUGUCACCAUUGCUCGUUAUCACUCCAACAAUGAGCGUCAUGAGGUUGGAAUUCAUGGAACUGGCAACUCCAUUUCCCGGUCGAGAUGGAUUAUUGUUGGCUUUCACAAUCAUGAUGAGUCUCGGACUGGCCGCUUGGUGUCUCUCGUUCGGCGUUUUAUUCAUUCAUGUUUCAUACAGCAUGUACAUGUAUUGCCGUGAACGAACGAUAGAUCGUUAAUGGUGGUUUUCACCUCACAAUUUUUCUACACUGUUCGUUUGCAGAGGACACUAAUUCUCAUGAAAUGGAAACUGCAAAAAUCAUAACAAAGAAGAACAGUAUGGUUAUGGUUACAAUAUUUAAAGCAUUAUUCUAAAGAGAAAAUGGGGUACGAAAAAGGCAGUCAUUCUUCGAAAUCGUUCAUUUCUUCAUAGAACACUUACACACGUAAUACUAAUACAUUUUUAGCUCAAGCAUUAUAUUACUUUGGGUUAUGUGUACUUUUGCAGUUUUACCUUGCCGUUUUUUUUUUUGGUUGAAAUAUUUU